CUUAAACAUCGCGUUGGCCGCUUGAUGUCAAUUAAGGAAUAUUUCUAGCUUGAACACUUUGAAAAAUCCUACCUUGUAAAAUGUGCAUUUCGCCCUGAAAAGCUCGCAAAGCGGUCACCAUCCACUACAGGAUAUGUUGAGGAACACUCGUAGACGAAGGGCGACGAAUGUUAUACUAAUAUUAUCCGCCUGCUUGCUCCUGCUCCUUACCCGGGACUACUAUCAAAACGCCUCGACUCGUGGCCGCGCCAACUUCCCGCCCAUCAAAGCCCACCCCAGCUCGCAGGGCGAGAGCCGAGCCAACGAACUAGAGCUUGUGGUCGCGAGCACGGCACGGGAGGAUGUGUCGUGGCUGGAAAAGUACGUGCCGCGAUGGCCCAAGAAUAUCUACGUCGCGGACAACCGCAGCAGCCCGCUGACGGUGCCGGAGAACAAGGGCCACGAGGCCAUGGUGUACCUGACCUACAUCAUCGAUAACUACGACUCGCUGCCCGACAACGUCCUGUUCAUACACGCCUCACGAUUCCAAUGGCACAACGACGACCCCGACUACGACGGGCUCCCCGCGCUCCAGCGCUUCCAGAUCCCGUACUUGCAGGCAGAGGGCUACGUGAACCUCCGGUGUGUGUGGACCAUUGGCUGUCCGGCAGAGAUACGGCCCCUGGAAGACGACGGAGUUGAGCAGAACGUCGUGACGGCGAAGCACGUGUACAAAGAAGGGUUUCAGGAACUGUUUCCCGAGGAGAUAGUACCCGAGGUAGUGGCUGUCAGCUGCUGCUCGCAGUUUGGGGUCACGCGGGAGACGAUUCGAAGACGGCCGAGGAGCGAUUAUACGCGCUUUCGCAGGUGGCUCCUGGAUACGUCGUUGGAUGACAAUCUCAGCGGAAGAAUCUUUGAGUUUUCUUGGCAUAUUAUAUUUGGCAAAAAGGCAUAUCACUGUCCUUCAGCAGCAAGCUGCUACUGCAAUGUCUAUGGGCUGUGUAAUUUGACCUGCUCAGAAAAAACUUGCGAUGGGAGAUAUGCACUGCCUCCGUUCUCGAACCUGCCGUCCGGGUGGCCGAAGAAGGGUUGGAGACAAGAGGAUAGGCAUUUCUCUGGGCCAUUGGAUGAAAUUUAGGUACAACUCUUAGGAGUAUGGGCUGUCUAGCCUACAUAAUAGACAACAUAAUAGUAAAAAUAUGUAUUGUAAAUAAAGUGACACAGUCCCGGAUACGCUCCCUGGGCAUUAGGUCUAUUCUGGACGCCCCUCAAAUACUAUUAUCAUAGAGGCUGGCCAGCUUCUCUUAGAGAUAGGCACAUCUA